AUGAAUUCCUUUCAGUGGGGGCUUCUGUUCAGUUGCCUGGGCUGUGGCAUCCUGCCUGCAACCUGGGCUCAGUUCCCCAGGAUCUGCAUGACAACAGGCAGCCUGCUGUCCAAAGAGUGCUGCCCACCACUGGGCACGGAACCGACUAAUAUCUGUGGUUGGCAAGAGGGUCGGGGGCUGUGUGCAGAAGUGCAAGUUGACUCCAGGCCUUGGAGUGGUCCUUACGUCCUGAGGAACCAGGAUGACCGCGAGCAGUGGCCCAAGAAAUUCUUCAACCGGACUUGCAAGUGCACAGGAAACUUUGCUAGCUAUAACUGUGGAGACUGCAAGUUUGGUUGGACUGGUCCCAACUGUAAUCAGAAGAAACCACCCGUUGUUCGGAAAGAUAUCCAUGCCUUGACUCCUGAGGAGAGGGAGCAGUUUUUGGGUGCUUUGGACCUUGCAAAGAAGACCACACACCCUGACUACGUGAUCACCACCCAGCACUGGCUUGGCCUGCUUGGACCCAGUGGAACCCAGCCACAAAUUGCCAACUGCAGUAUUUAUGAUUUUUUUGUGUGGCUCCACUAUUACUCUGUCAGAGAUACAUUAUUAGGACCAGGACGCCCGUACAAGGCCAUAGAUUUCUCACACCAAGGACCUGCCUUUGUUACUUGGCACCGGUACCAUUUGUUAUUGUUAGAAAGGGAUCUCCAGAGACUGACCGGCAAUGAGUCCUUUGCUUUGCCCUACUGGAACUUUGCUACUGGGAGAAAUGAGUGCGAUGUGUGUACAGACCAGCUAUUCGGGGCAGCCAGACAAGAUGAGCCAACUUUGAUUAGUCAGAGCUCAAGAUUCUCCAGCUGGGAAAUUGUCUGCGAUAGCCUGGAUGACUAUAACCGCCGGGUCACCCUGUGUAAUGGAACCUAUGAAGGUUUGUUGAGAAGAAAUCAAGUGGGAAGAGAAGAUGGGAAGUUGCCAAGCUUAAAAGACGUACAAGAUUGUCUGUCCCUCAAUAAGUUUGACAAUCCUCCUUUUUUCCAGAACUCUAACUUCAGCUUCAGGAAUGCCCUGGAAGGGUUUGAGAAAGCAGAUGGGACUCUGGAUUCUCAAAUGGUGAACCUUCAUAAUUUAGUCCAUUUCUUCCUGAACGGGACAAAUGCUUUGCCACAUUCAGCUGCCAAUGAUCCUGUUUUUGUGGUCCUUCAUUCCUUUACUGAUGCCAUUUUUGAUGAGUGGAUGAAAAGAUUUACGCCUGAUGUUGAUGCCUGGCCUCAGGAGUUGGCACCAAUUGGUCACAAUCGGAUGUAUAACAUGGUUCCUUUCUUCCCCCCAGUAACUAAUGAGGAACUCUUUCUAACAGCAGACCAACUUGGCUACAACUACGCCAUUGACUUGACAGCCGCAGAAACAGAAGAAAUUCCCGGUUGGACCCUAACUUUCUUGGUAGUUAUAGGAGUGUUGAUGGCUUUGGUUGGUGUCUUUGUGUUGCUCUUUCUUCUUCAGUAUAGAAGACAUCGCAGAGGUUAUACACCCCUAAUGGAGACACAACUAAGCAACAAGAGAUACAUGGAAGAAGCCUAG